AUGUUACAAGCCAAGCAAGAUCUUGAUAGCACAUUGGGUAAAAUUUAUGAAGGCGGAGGCGCAGCUGCAAAAGCAAAGCAUUUGUCCCGCGGUAAAAUGCUUCCCAGAGAUAGAAUUGCUGCCCUGUUGGAUGCAAAAGGGUAUGCCUUUUUGGGUUAUCGUAGCACACGUUGUAUGAUCGUUGCCAAUGAUGCGACCGUCAAGGGCGGGUCCUAUUAUCCGAUUACCGUAAAAAAACACUUGAGAGCGCAGGAAAUCGCCCAGGAAAACAGACUUCCUUUCGAUUCUGGCGGUGCAAAUUUACCGCGGCAAUCGAAUGUUUUUCCCGACAAAGACCAUUUUGGACGCAUUUUCUACAACCAGGCAAGGAUUUCGGCCAGCGGGAUCCCGCAAGUAGCCCCACAUUCUGCUGUUCGUUUAGGUGUCCGUUGUGAUGGGAUCGUGCACUGCUGGCGGUGCAUAUGUGCCGGCAAUGUCAGACGAGUCUAUUAUCGUCCGCAACCAAGGCACCAUUUUUCUUGGCGGGCCUCCCCUUGUAAUUGUUUGCAUGUUUACCGACUUCAGGUUAAAGCGGCUACGGGCGAAAUCAUCACCGCUGAAGAGCUUGGCGGCGCCAGCAUUCAUUGCAAAACAUCUGGUUUUACCGACCAUAUGGCCGAAAAUGACUUGCAUGCUGUAGAAAUUGCAAGAAAUGUGAUCUCUUCGCUGCCGGCAAACAAGAAAAUGUCGUUUGCCGAUGCAGAACCCCCUCUUUUUGACAUCAGCGAAAUCGACGGAAUCAUCGGGACAAAUUUGAAGCGUCCUUUUGAUGUUAAAAAGGUCAUUGCUCGGCUUGUUGACGGCAGCAAAUUCCAUGAAUUCAAGGCCGAAUACGCAAAGUCGCUGGUUACAGGCGCCCAUUUUAUUGAGCUCUGCUGCCAGAGAGGCAUUCCUAUUCUCUUUUUACAAAACAUCACCGGUAUUUUUGGCAGCGUUUUGAGAUCCUGUUUAGGCUUCAUGGUUGGCUCAAAGGCCGAGUCCGAGGGAAUCGCAAAAAACGGUGCCAAAUUGGUGAAUGCCGUUGCAUGUGCCAAUGUCCCCAAAAUUACGCUCAUCAUUGGUGGCAGUUAUGGCGCCGGGAAUUAUGGCAUCCCUCGCUUUUUGUACAUGUGGCCCAAUGCGCGCAUUUCUGUGAUGGGCGGCGAACAGGCGGCAAAUGUUCUUCUCCACAUAAAGCAGCAAUCCUCGAAACAGCCUACCGAUGCGUCCCUAAAAUCGUCGCUAUUGGAGCAAUUUGAGCGCGAGGCGCAUCCCUACUACUCGUCAGCAAGGUACCGGUGA